GAGAUGAGAGGAGGAGGUAAAAAGGCAAGACAGAGUAGGACAGAGUGUGUUGGAGGGCAGCAUACUGUAGCAUACUGCUGUGUUGUGAUUAUGGAGUGAGCAUGGAGCAGCAGGACCAAAACAAGAGGAGAAGGGGAUACAAUGAGGACACAGCUUGGCUUUAUGCCUGAUCAAUAAAAGGUAGAUUAGUUCAGAAUUUAAGCAUUUGCAGACUGCCUGCAGACUCCUUUGAGUUUGAAUUCUACCAUCCAGGGGAUUUAACAUAUGAAGACAAAGUCACUUUAAACCUUGAAGACCCACGAGGACAUAAAACAGAAAGCGGAAAACUAGCUCCUGACAAUUUGGACUCAAGAAAACAAGACAUCUUGCAGCAGGAUCAAAUAAUCACUCAGACAGAUGUAAUGGUGUGGAAACUCCGCAGCUCUCUUGACCUAUCAGACUUUUGAGUGAGUCAGAAAAGGGAUGGGGAGACGAGCGGCUGACCUGACAACUCCGGUUCCAGUUUUAGGUGUCCCUGCCCUGGUUGGAGUGCGUGGUUGGAGGACAACGGGAGGCGACAGAACCGGAGGAGCCUUGCUGCACACGUGGGGACCUCAGUGCAGCGUUGGUGUUCAGACGUCCCCAGGGAUAAGCAGACCACCUACCCAGCACAGUGUACAACUAACUGAUACACUCUAUACGCCAUCAGAUAACAUUACUCUAACAUCCAACAGCUAUAUUACCAAGGCAACUGAGUACAGGGAGAUAUUCCUGCUUACAAAGAGUGACAAGGAGAAAAGGGCUAUUUUAAAACAGAGAAGUGGAGAAUCCAAGACCAAAAAGGAAGUGACUUUCAAAGCACUUGGAGGUGAGGCCUCUAAGGAUGUGACCUGCAGCCAGAAGAACAGUAGUGGGACUUAUUGCUAUGCCAGGGCAAUCAAGACAAACCCACACUUUAAAGGGAAUGUAACAAAUGUCAGGCCUAAGUUAAAAUCUGCUACUCGCUACACCAACGGUAGCGUGGUUGAUUCAGAGGCGAUCGGCGGAAUUAGCAUUGAUACUGAUGAAGCAGAGCCUGUAAAGAGUGCAACCUCUCGUGGCAGCAGCCAGACCAGACUGCAAGGUCAUUAUGCAGAGCAGUCUGGGAAGACGCUGCUGUUAUCUGCUACACGACCUUUCGGUAUGCCACAAAAAAUAUGCAGCCAUUGCGGCGGGAGACAGUCUGUAACCACCGGAGUUGUCACUUCGGUCCAGAAAAGCGCUACUGCUGACGCCUGCCUUGGAGAGAAACCAUUAAAGUCAGCCUUCACCUCGCUGUCGACUACAGCGCAUUUCGAGAUGCCCCAUAUUGAGAGAAACAUUAAACCAAGCCAUCAAGAAAUUUCUGAGAGCAUCACAAACAGCGACAAAAGGACACACAUUACAGUCAAUCCACAACUGUUAUAUUUCAGCGAAGAACUAAAAUAUCAAAAAACACCCCAUCCAGCAUGCCCAGUGCACUCUAGGGGCAAUUUGGUUACUUUGUCACAGACACAUGCUGAAAGUGAUGCAACAUCCACACAAUCCACAACCAUCCUACAUGCUAAAACCAUCACCGUCACUAAAGCAACUAUUGAAACAAGACAAGACAAUUCCACUACAAAACCUUUCGCAAAACUUUCACAGGAUGGUAAGAUCCCUAGACCUACGAGUCUCAUGUUGACUCCACAGAUGGCCACAGCCACCCAACCAAACAACCCACAUUCACAUACUUACCCUAAGCACCUGAAAAUACCACAACACAACUCUACACCACAUAAUGUGCCUCAAAAUGUAUGUGUAUCUGUACACGCUACACCUGAAAAUACUCUGUCGCCACCUUGUCAUUUGUACACUACAGCUUCUGGACCUGGGAACGCAUCCAUCACCAACACGCACAAAACAACUACCUUUAAUACUACACUGACGCCCACUAAAAGUAUAACUGCUAAAGUUGCCAAUGCUCAACAAGGCACCCGGCGCUCAACGCUUACAGCAAGAGUAAACAUAGCAACGAAUACAACUGGUAGCCCACAAGUGACCCCUAAAUGUCCCACCUUACCACUGGCAGCCAGUGCAUUAAAACGCAUUCAUAAGCCACAAACAACUACAGAGCCUCCAAGUCCCCCAUGUACUUCACCCAAUCAGGAAAAGACGUCCUCAAAGGUCUCCCCAGGUACAGCAUCUUUUAUUGCCACUGUAAUGAACUCAGCUGGUUUGCCCACCUUUGCUAAUACACCACCCACAACUACGCCACAUCCACCUCUCAGCAGUAUUGUCCCACAGAGCACUUUGAAUCGUAACUCUAAUUCAGAUCAAAUUGCCCAUAUCAGCACUAAACAUACAUCUGUGGCUACACAAAUUCACCUAAUUCAACCUGACUACUCAAAUUCUGAACCAACACUUCAUGUUUCUACAGCAACUCUUAAUGCAACAAAACCCCUAUACUCAAGAGCUAGGUUGCUUUCAAAUGCAGCUCCCAGUUCCACAUAUACAGGUAACAGCACUCUAUACAAACAUUUUGCCCUCAGGAACUCCUCCAUCAAUCUGAAAAACUCAACAUCCACAACCACCUCAUCUUUAUCUACAUUGUCAGAAAACCAAAGGAAUGUCUGUGCAUCAGGUACAACUUCACUUCAAUCAGCAGACACUACACAACACAGCAAAGAACUCAGUCGUAAUGAAGCGCACCACACAAAUCAACCUGGUCACACACAAGCAACAGACUGCAGAACUCAAACCAAUAACGAAUCUGGUUUGUGCGGCGUUGUUUCAAAUCAGGAAAACAACUCCAAAACAACUCCAGCUGCUUUAUUUGAGCUGCUAAAUGUGUCAAAAAAUCAUAACAGAGGCAGUGAUGCAAGCAAUCCUAAAUCAACCAUUAUUCCCAACACCGAAUUGCAUACUGAUAAAGACAAACUCAAUGGUAAUCUAAUCAAUGAAUUAGUUGUGUAUGAGUCAAAAGACCGUGAAAAUUCAAAUCUAUCACAGGUCACUAGCCUUCAGAAUUACAUUUCCCUAAUUAAGUCAAGCAGCUCUUGUCUGCAGGGUUGCAUAAACACAGAACAACAAAGACUUGCACAUUAUCAAGGAUACACAGAAACAGAACACGAGGGACACUGUGCUACAUGCCCACCAGUAAAAACAGCCCAGGAGACAAAUUCAAAUACAGAAAACUUUGCCUUGGGAAUAUCAGUCAGGCAUGCAAAUAUUAAGUUUAAAUCCAAUGCAGAUAAACAGGCACAUCCCAACAACCCAACACCCUCUGUCAUAGCACAAACAAACUGUGAACCUAUUAUAUCAUCCCUGAAAAAUGCUAGAGCAAAUGACGCUCCCAUCACAGAAUCCUCAGUCCACCAAAACUCUGAAUUAGAUACUUCACCACAAGCACACACAAGUCCGGAGCUUUCUUUCACUGCACCAGCCCCUUUUAACGGCAAGGGAGAGCUUUGUAUGGACACAGGCCCUGAAUGUAAUUCCAUAUUGCCGUCAUCAACAAUGCACUUGGCAUCCCUUCCCUGCCCCCAGUCCUGCGAGGCAGAGGCAAUCGUCAAGCCGGAUUCAAAGUUUAGCCCUGCUCCCCCUCAGCCGUGCCCAGAGGACACCAGCCUGGCUCACGCCCACCCAGCUGAUGCAGCCCUGUUGCUGCCUCCUUCCCCACAGUGCUGCAAAUCAGCAGCCCUACAACAGAGGCUUGAGACUGUGGAGGCCAACCUGGCAGCCAACAAGGACAGGAUCACUACUCUGCUUAACAUUAUCCAUGACCUGGAGACAUGCCACACUCCCACCAGUGGUUGGCGAUGCUACAAAACCGGACAGGAUCUCAAAAACUGCUCAACCUGCCAGAAGACUGCUUGUAUUGUCUACAGUGUGGAGUAUGACUUCAGGCAGCAGGAAAGACGCUUCUUGGAGGUUCUGAAUCAUUCAGCGAGAGGAAAUAAUGCUUUCACCAUGCACUUAUCCCAGCCCCUCAACUUUAGCCUACUCAGAAAUGUCAUCAUUAAGAACUUAACAAAGUCAAAGGUGAAAAGCAAAAAGCUGUGCAAGACCCUGUUCAAAUGGCUGCCCAGGAAAAUCCAGCAAGUGUAGACCUCUCAACAAUACCUGUGUUCUGUUUAAUAGCCAGAAGCCUGUGUUACAAGUGACCAGCAGAAGCCUUUGCAGAGGACUCUUAUUAUUCCCUCCCUUCCCAUAGAAUGAGAUUACUCUGAAUUAGAGUAGAGUUCCACUCUCCUGCACAUUGUCAAAGCUUAUAAGCAGGAUUUUGUACUCAGUUUUGACCCCGAUCUUUGUGACCUUCAGCUAGUAUCAUCCAUAAGGAAUUAUUUAUUUCACUUUUAAAGUUAAUGUUAUUUUUUUGUCAACAUGCCUGCUUAAAAUGUAUGGCUAACCACAGCCACAGAUUACUUCAUUUUAUUUUACAUAUGAGACUCUGUUCUCCAUGCACUGUUAUGAUUAAUGCACUAUGAGUUCCAGUUGAUGUUACAUUUCCCCUUCAAUAGUCCCCUUGCCUGCUUCUCCUCAAGACUAAAUGUUCAGUAUAUAAUAUGUUUUUGAAUGGAAUCCUUUUGAAAUGCAAAAAUAAAUCAGAGUUUACUGAC